AUGGGCAAACAACCUGUCGACGAUGCUCAGCCUGAGCUGCACCAUGUUUCCACAGCGCAGGACGACCGCCCGGCCUCCUUUGACAAGAAGGACAAUGGCGCCGACAUUCGCGAGAUGCAGGGCAACGCCAACUUUUACGAGACGGUCAGCGCGGCGCCGCUGAAUCCGUGGAGCAAGACGAGCAUUCAGCUGUACUUUAUCCUGCUGGUUGCGGCCCUCAAUGCGACGGCCUCUGGUUUCGAUGGCUCCAUUUUCAGCUCCAUCAACGCGAUGCCGCAGUAUCAGAAAUACUUUCACCACACUGAGCUCGGAUCUGCCACUGGCAUCAUCUUUAUGAUUUACACCAUUGGCAACAUGAUUGGCUCCCUCUUCACCGGCCCCAUCUGCGAUCGCUUCGGUCGUCGCGCCGGCAUGAUGACCGGCGCCGUUCUCAUCAUGGUCGGCGCCGCCGUCCAGACCGCUGCCCAGUCCGACGCCUACCUCCUCGGCGGGCGGUUCGUACUCGGCUUCGGUGUGUCCAUCGGCACGUCGUCCGCGCCGACAUAUGCUUUGGAAAUCGCCCCUCCUCAAUGGCGUGCCCGAGUCGUCGGCUACUACAAUACUUUCUUCUACACUGGUGCCAUCCUCGCCACUGGCGUCGCUUACGCCUCCAUCAAAUCCCCGGGCGAAACGGCAUUCCGUCUGCCCCUCGGCCUGCAGCUCAUCCCGCCAAUGUUUAUUUUCAUCGGCGCGCUCUUCGUACCCGAGUCGCCGCGCUGGCUGACCAUGUGGGGACAAAAGGAAAAGGCGGCUGCUAUCCUGGCCAAGUACCACGGCGGCGGCGACAUGAACCACCCCGUGGUGCAGCUCGAGCUGCGCGAGUUCGAGGCUGGCAUCGAGCUGCAAAAGAGCUCCAGCGUCUGGAACUACCUGGGCCUGCUCAACUCCCACAAUGCCCGCUGGCGCUUCACCAUGAUGGCCUUUAUGUCCGUCUUUGCGCAGCUCAGCGGCAACUCUGUCCUGACGUACUACCUGCCAUCCAUGUAUAAGCUGCUCGGUGUCAAGACGCCAGAGCGGAAGCUGCUGCUGACGUUUGCGAACACGAUCGUCUCGGGCGCGGGCGCGGUAGCCGGUUCGGCGCUAAACGAUGCUGUUGGACGCCGCACGAAGCUUUGGGUUGGUAGCAUUGUGCUUGCUGGUCUGUUUGGUGGCGUCACGGGCUUCUCCAGCUAUUUUGAGGGAGGCAAGACUGAUGUCAGCUCGACCAUUACCAACGGUGGUAUUGCUUUUAUCUUCCUGUUUGGAUGUGCGUACUCCUUCAUCUACACACCCCUCACGGCUACGUACUGCGCUGAAGUGUUGUCCACUCCCAUGCGAGCCAAGGGCAUGGGAAUCCACGUCAUUCUGUCCAACUGCGCCAAUCUCUACAACACCUACGUUACUGCCGUCGCUCUCGAGGCCAUUGACUUUCGCUACUACUUUGUUUUUGUCGGCCUCAACAUUAUCUAUUCCGCCAUCUGGUAUUUCCUGGGUGUCGAGACUCGUGGUCGUACCUUGGAAGAGAUGGAGGAGGUGUUCAAUGCCAAGUUUCCGCCCAGAGCGGCUCUGCAAAAGGCCGUCAUGGUAAAGCAGAAAGAUGGCCACCUUGCGGAUGUCAGCGCCGUGGCGGGGGAUGUGGAACGUGCCUAA